GUGAGUCGGGCGGUCGAGCUCAUGGUGGCUCAUGUGGAGAAUCUGAGGAGGCGACAAGACAGAAACGUGGCAGAGCUGGAAGAGGCCAAGAAGACGCUCCAGCAGCAGAACAUCAGCGACCCCAGAGCCUCACCAGAUCCAGAGGAAGGUGACAGCAGAAAGAGAAGCUCUCAGCAGAGCAGCAGCCGUCGAAGGGUCAGUAUAUCAGUCAUCACCAGCCAAACCCAGGAGAAGAGAAAGCGGGACGUGAAGAAGCGGGCAGCUCAUGGAGGGUCCUCUGGCAGGAAGUCCUGCCCGUCUCCAUCCCAGAGCUCAGAGUCCAGCUGCUCCGCCAUGGCCAAGGACGACAGCUGCUCAGUGGACGACAGGCAACUUGAUCCGGAUGAAACUCCAUCAGAAGUUUCAGCUGUUCAGCUUCCUGCAGACCCCUCUCCAUCCCCCGUCCCCAACCCAGAGUGUCCCCCAUCAAAACAAGCGGUCACCAGAAAAACCCAGAACAAAAACACCCCCCUGGAUACUUUGAGACAGAGACACAAGGGCAAAGCUGUGCUGUCAAAGAAGAAGUUAGACAAGGACAAAAGAAGUGCGAGUAUCUACCGGCGGAUCUCUGCGGGCACGUGUGGAUCUUUGUGGAGACACCGUCCCCUGGCUCACUGGCUGUACCGCUGUCGCUGGGUCGUCCUCUGCUUGUACCUGCUCAUGCUUUUCUGUGUCGUCACGUUGACUUACUUGUUGUGGAAGCUUCAUGAUGGAGCGUUUGAGGCGUGAUCUGUUCGACUGGAUUACACACCACGUCACCAGGACGUUGUCUGACUGUGAACAUUAGUGUGUAGACCAGCUGUCUUUAAAGCUCUUUGUAUAUGAAUAUAUCACAUUUUGAUGUAAGACUUUCUGGUUGUUCAUCCAUGUGUUCUGAAAUACUUUGUGUUCCUUUAUCUCAGAUAAAAAACCUUCUACAUAAAAAUGCCACAAACAUCAUUUUCAGUCACAUUUUUUUAUUAUAAAUAUACAAAAAAUAUCAAAACUGAUACAAUCACUUGGUUAGUAAAAAACACCAAACUGCAGUGAAAACAUUCAUCAAACCACCAUUAAAGGCAUCAGUGAUUAAUUAUUAAAAGUUAAUAGCAAACGUUAAAAUUCAGCUUACUUCACGUCCUGGCUAGACAGAUGUUAAACUUUAACUAUAUAUAUAUAUAUAUAUAUAUAUAUAAAUGCAUUUUCAAAGGUGUAUCAAGAUUUUAGUAAUAAGUCUCUAUGUUGCAAGAGGGAAACUUUAAAUAAUAGAUAAAUAUGGUGUAACAUUUAAAUUAU